UUCACAUUCAAAUGUGGAUUUCGCAGAUCGUUGACAAGCGUGCCACACAAAUGACCAACGAUGUCGCCGGUGAAGCACAGGCUUGUAACAAUUUGGGCAACACACUGAAAAUGCUCGGACGAUUCGAUGAGGCGAUAAUGUGCUUCAAUCGCCAACUGGAUUUAGCCAAACAAAUGGGAAACCAAUCAAUCGAAGUCCGCGCCUUAUACAAUCUUGGAAAUGUGUAUCACGCCAAGGGUAAGCAAUUAGCCAGGAACAGCAAUUUUGGAUUCGGUCAAUCGGAUCCCGGGGAAUUGCCAGCCGAGGCUGUGGAAGCCCAGCGGACUGCGCUGGAAUUCUACUCGCAGAAUUUGGCUUUAGUACAUCAGAUGGGGGAUCGUCCCGCCGAAGGUCGUGUCUACGGCAACCUAGGCAACACACAUUACUUGUUGGGAAAUUUUCAUGAAGCAAUCAGAUGUCACCAAGAACGUGUGACUGCUGAAACUGUGAAAUGA